GGGACAGAGAGUGGUGCUGAUCACCGGCUGCUCGUCCGGUAUCGGGCUCGCGAUCGCCGUGAUGCUCGCGAGAGACGAGAUGAAGCGCUACUACGUCACUAGUUCCCCUCCUCUAGAGGACACUGUGGGGAAUGCGGCCAGCAGGACUGAUGUCUGAAGCACGUGUGAAACAACUCCAAAGCUAUUGGCCCACGUAUCCCUCAUAGGCACCAUGCGGGAUCUGAAGCGGAAGGAUAAGUUAGUUGAAGCGGCGGGAGACGCAUACGGGAAAACUCUGUCUCUGCUCACACUGGACGUCUGCAGUGAUGAAUCUGUCAAACAGUGUGUCGACAGCAUCAAAGAUAGACAUAUAGAUAUACUGAUUAAUAACGCUGGCGUGGGUCUGGUGGGGCCGGUUGAGGCUCUCAGUAUGGAUGACAUGAUGAAGGUGUUCCAGACUAAUUUCUUUGGUGCGGUUCGCAUGAUUAAAGAGGUGAUGCCUGACAUGAAGAGGAGACGCUCCGGACACAUCAUCGUCAUCAGCAGUGCGAUGGGCCUGCAGGGUGUGGCGUUUAAUGACGUUUACUCUGCUUCAAAAUUUGCCAUAGAGGGGUUCUGUGAGAGUCUGGCCGUCCAGCUGCUCAAGUUCAACAUCACUAUAUCAAUGAUCGAGCCCGGGCCCGUACACACUGAGUUUGAGAUGAAGAUGUUUGCAGAUGUUUCUAAGAAAGAGUAUGUUGGUACUGAUCCAGAGACGCUACACCACUUUAGGACCUGCUACCUGCCCAGUGCAGCGAACAUCUUCCAAGGCCUGGGCCAAUCACCUGAAGACAUUGCCAAGUGCACUAAGAAGGUGAUCGAGUCGCCGCAGCCUCCGUUCCGUAACCUGACGAAUCCUCUGUACACUCCGAUCGUAGCGCUGAAGUACGCGGACGAGACGGGCAGCCUGUCUGUUCACACCUUCUAUCACAUGCUGUAUAAUCUUGGUGGAGUCAUGCAUGUUAGUCUAAACAUUUUGAAGUGCCUGAGCUGUGGAUGCUUACGGAAAACGAGCCAUCUCACCAACCUAACACACACUCAUACUUGUAAAUGUGGUUUACGGUGACUCUCAUACGUGUCAUGGUUUUUAAACGGCACAAACUGUAUAUUCUGUCCCCUAAGCCUAAGCCUACCCCUAAAGGAA